AGAAAGGAAUUCUACAAUAUAUCUCGAUUUCCUGGAGUCAUCGGAUGUAUCGAUGGGACACAUGUACGGAUACAGGCACCAUCAGACAACGAACCUGCCUUUGUCAAUAGGAAAGGCUACCAUUCGAUCAACGUUCAAGCAGUGUGUGACAGCCAAGGUAUGAGUAACGUGCGGCAACACCUGGAAACACACCAUACGACUCUACAAGACGGCGUUAUUCUCGGUGACAGUGGAUACGCAUGUCGUCCGUAUUUGAUGACUCCGUAUCUAAAGCCAUCUAGCCCCGAGCAAGAGCGAUUCAACUCUUCCCAUAAAAGGACAAGGUCAACCACAGAAAGAGCAUUUGGGUGGCUCAAA